ACGUUUAGUGGCACACAACAGAUCCGCAACAACGGCCAUACUUAAGCUCAUGAUGCGUGGAUUUUUGCUACUCUGCCUCGUUGCUGUGGCAGGCGCCUCGAAAUUGGGCUACAAUUAUCGGGCAGCUGUCGAUGACAGGCGCUUUGCCGGACUUAUCGAUACGGAGGCCACGGGAUUUAGUGCAACGGAUGCGCAACAGCAAAAGCAACAGCAACAGGAGCAGCAGCAGGAGCAAUUGCAGCCCGUUGCCGAUGAAUUUAACAAGGAAUUUUUUACAUAUUCGGCGCCCGAGGAGGACUUUGCUGAUCGCGAGGCCACCGAACAGAUAGCCAACAUGCUGAAGCGCAAUCUGCGCGUCCUGUUCAUCAAGUCGCCGGAGCAUCAGGGCCUCACCAAUGCUGCACUGCAGCUGGCCAAACAGUCCAGCGAGCAGCGCACGGCCAUCUAUGUGCUGACUAAGCAGGCGGAUCUUUCGGAUCUGGCGCAGCGUCUGCAAACCGAACAGCAGAGCCAUGCCCACAAGCCAGAGGUGCACUUUGUAAAGUAUCGCACGCCCGAAGAGGCGGUGCGCGCCCAGCAGCUCAUCCAGCAGCAGUUCAAUGCGCUCGGCGGCAGCUCGCACAGUUCCGAUGAGGGCGUGGCACCUGUACUGGACUUUAGCUCGGCGCCAGACGCGGAGGAGCGCGCCACGGCCCAAGCUGGUUCCGGAGCUAAGUAUUUGCCUGCCGCGUAGCAGCUUUGGCCUUUGUAAAUAUUAGUUGCUCUUAUUCAGUUUACAUAGUAUUAGUUGUUUCCGUUGCUCUAUUCUAUUAAAAUUUAUUAUUAAGAUUUAAACACACAAACCGUUCAAGCAUUGAAAUGUUGCAGCUUUCAGAAUUGAUCUAUCUAUUUAGGUAGGACUCAGUCUUGACUGACUAACUGACUAACUCACUGAAUGACGGACUAACU